UCCAUUUUCCAUCUAUAGUUAAAUAUAAUACAUUUAUGUGAAUCAAUUAAACAACAAUAAUAAUAAUUAUCGAUAUAUUUUUUCAUUUCAUAUAGUUGUUUAUUUCAGAAUGGAGUUUGUUCGUACAGUUACGGCAGUAUAUUUGUGGCGAAAGGCAAGAAAAGAGAAGGAACAGAAUAAAAUAAGGAGAAGAAGGAGAUUUUGGGUUCGUCCAAUUUUUGAGAGGAGACGAGAACUAGGUGCAGGACAAACUCUAGUAGAGGAGAAGAAAUUGAAUCCUGACAAUAACAUAUACAACUUCUUUAGAAUGAAUGCAAGUUUAUUCCAUAAUUUAUUGGAAUUAGUUGGACCUCAGUUGCAGAGAUCAUAUUUGUGUAGGGCCCCAAUUAACCCGCAGAAACGCCUAGCAAUUACAUGA